UUGUCUAUGAUUUACUUUUUUUAAUAUCUUCUAGCUUCUCAUUUGACGUUCGUUGUGGUCUACUUUGCGUUUGCUCCAUCAAAAAGUUUUCUUCACUUCUGUCGGCCAUAUUGCUCUGUCGCCGUGCGUGCGUUUGAGAUUGAAUCACACCAGCCCUUAGUCGCUGCCUGCUACUGCGUACUUUCUUGAUUAUCCUCCACUCAUUGAUACCAUGGGUGACCGCAACAAUCCCAUAAUGUUUGGACCUGAGUGGCUCCGUAAUUUGCCACGAGAGCGCAAUGCUGGAAGUUCUGGCAAUAACAGUCAGAACGCUACCACAGCUUCAGGACCUGGUAAUUCUGGAGCUGUGGCGUCGAAUGCAGUUGCCACCAGUACAUCCACAAUGACAAACACUUCAAACACAACUCCUAAAGUUCAGUUGGCUAAACUCAGAUAUGGUAGAGAAGAGAUGCUGGCUUUAUAUGAUAGAACAUCAGAAGCUCCACCAGAACUAAAGUACAUUGACAUACUGUACCAGCCUACGGGGAAACCCCCGUUUGCGCUAAAUAAUUCAUUUGAAGAUGAGAUGCGAGAUUCUAUGCGAACAGGACCACCGAUUGGGGCAAUGCCGCCUGGGGAUAGGUUUGGGGGGAUGAGCCGUGGCAUGGGCAGAGGAAUUAACGUCAACGAAUCCGGGCGUGGUCGUGGGGCUCGCAUGGCGUUCACACGCCAGCCGUCAUCCGGAAGGAGUACCACUUCGUGGCACUUGGGAGCACCCAGAAUGCCCAGCUACAGUGGUGGGACAGACGAAGACUCCGCUCCUUCAUUACGGUCUUGGAAUAACAGCAAUGGAGGGAAUGCCGCCAACAGAAGCAGUGGGGAUCAGGCCGAGUGGGCCUCAAAUAAAAUGUUUAGAAAUAAACGUCCCGGCGCUAAUACCAAUUGGAGGCAGUCGUCCCGUGAUGACGAGGAGUGGCGUCAGUCAGAUACAAACAGAUCACGCUCACAACAGCAGUGGGAGAGAGAUUGGGGCGACAGGCCACCGCAAGAUAAGCAGUCUUGGAAUUCAAAUCGCCGGGGUUGGGGUGGUGAUACACAAAAUGAAGACAAUUUACCCGAAUGGGCUGUUGACAACGCAGAAGCGCCUCAUGGAGGAACGUUUGACUCCUCAGGAGCUUUCCAUGGAUACAGUAAUGAUGACACUAACUUGCCAAAGAGCCAAGAUUCUGCAUAUGGUAAAUCUCUCACUCGGUCGCACACACAUGGCAGCUUCGCAAGAUCAAGAACAUCUGAGGAGUCUUCAGAAGAGUGGUGGGCUUCUGAAAAAGCAAAGAAAUUGUCUCCAAAGAGAUUUGAUACCAGUGACCUCAAGUUUAAAAAGCAGAGUGCAGUGAUCCCUGAUUUGCCUGGUGCGAGUUCUUCUAAAACAUCCAACAAAGAUGAAAAGGCACAUGAAAAAUCUGAUGUAGCUGCGUCGAAUGUCGAACCGCCAGAUAACUCACUUGGCGCUGAGGAUUCAUUUUCAAAAAAGAGCGUCAGGUUUGCCGAGAGUAAAACAUUUGAUGCGAUGAUGAGAUCCGAUAUAAAUCUAGAAGAAUCCACUGACGAGAGAAGCAAUUUCCAAUCAGUCAUGAUAACGCCUAACAACAGCUUGCGUCAAAAACACCAAAACAUCGUGGCAUCAUCUGUCAAGAACCAAAAUCGUAAAGGCGGAUUACUCCAGCUCCUACAAAACAAGACACCUAAUCAGCCCUUGGACAGUGAGCAGAUGAAAAUUACCCCUGAGGGAGAACUGGUUGAAGAUGUCAUUGAUUUAAAUUUGGAGAAUAAAGAGUUGCUUGCAAAUUUGCCAUCAGCUGGAUCAAAUUCAAUGGUUUCUAACUCAGGCUUGCCUUCAUCAAUGUCAACAGUUGUGAACUCCUUGCCUCAAAUGCCUAAUUCCCCUAUGCAGCUGAGAAUUGCCAGUCCCGUUCUUCCAAAUCAACAUGCUAUGAAUCAGAAGCCAAACUUAUCUACACAUGGGAUGCAAGCAACUGGAAUCCAGAAUCCAGGAAUGCAAUCCGUUGGCAUUGGUAACUCAGUAUUGAACACGCCACUCGUCUUACAACCACUUGGUCCAUCAAACAGUGGGAUGGGACAAACCAUGAUUCCAAUUCAGGGGAUUCCGCAAGCUGUUAUGCCUAAUCAAGGAAUGAUAAAUCCAAAUAUGGGCGCCACAGGAGUUCCAAGUGGAGGGAUGGGAAUUCCUGGUUUCCCUACAGGUGGCAAUUUACCAGGAAUGUCGAAUGCAAAUGUCGCUAACAGUUCAUUGUUUAUGGGGCCAAAUAUAGGUCAAAGUAAUAGUAACGCUAUGCAGUCAUCUGGGGAUAUACCAAUGCCAAAUCAUGGAAACCAAACUAAUACCCUCUUCCCCAUGCAUGGACUGCAACACUCUGGAGCCCAGGCACCGUUUAAUUCUUCCAUUUACAGUAACAUUAUUCAGCAACCACCUCCUCCUCCUCCAGCUCCUAAUUCUCAGAAUCUAGCGGAACAAUGGUACUACGAAGAUCCAAAGAAAACUAUUCAGGGUCCAUUUUCUUCCAAGGAAAUGUAUAGCUGGUAUCACGCUGGGUUUUUUAGCCCAAGCCUAAUGGUACGCAGGGCCUGUGACGCAGUCAUGCGGCCUUUGGGCUCUUACGGCGCUGUAGUGCCUUUUGCUCAGAUGGAUUUAUUGUCUUUCCCCUUCGAAUCCCACAAUCAAGGCCCCCACGAAUCGAUGCUCAAUUCACAACAAGGACUUGGAUUAGAAGUGAUGUCUGGCAUGAACGACUCCGCGAUUGAUACAAUGCAAUUCGGCACAGUGGGGAUAAUGAGAAACCCAUCCUUUGGCCAGCAGCAAAUGGAUUCGUUAUGGAGCCAGCCGUCUCCCUCUCCAGAUUUAAUGUGGAUGCAGCAAGCGAUGAACGCGCGUAACGAGACUCGAGUCAACAAUCUGCCAAUGUUUUUCUGGGACCAACAGCCGUCGGCUAUCACCUCAAAUUCUCUUCUACCUGAGGAGAUGCCGAAAGAAAUGAAAACUGAAGAUGAGAUUUUGGCCCAACUCAGAGCUUCGCAAAACAUAAAUCUGCAGAAUAUACCUUUACCCAGGGAACCAGGUCCCCCUAUACCACCACCACCCAAAGAUGAUGUUUUCCCCCCCAAUGUUGGUAUGACGCCCAAUUUGGAAGAGUUGCAGAAACUAAUCCGAGAAGAUACCCUGAAGGAACCUAGUUCAGCUGUAGAAGCGUCGACAGAGAGCCAAGAGCACCAGGACAAAAUGAAAGCUGACCAGACCGCUGAGACCAUUAAUUCAAAAAUACAACAAGCUCAAAGCAGACCGGCAUUUGAGGGUAAACCAGUGAAGCAGCAGGCUAAAGUUGAAACAGAGAAAUUGCCUAAGAAUAAGGAGAAUAAUGUCACGAAAACUAAGAGCAAGAAAGUAAAAGAGGAAAGGAAGGAAGAAGUUGAGUUAAAGUCCAAGGAAGAAGACACCAGGGCAGAGGAAAGAUCGGAAGAUGUAUCGCCCGUAAAAGGCAAGAAAGAAGAUAAAGUGAACAAGAAAGAAUUAGAGAAAGAAAAAAAGGAAUGGAUCAAAGAAGGGUUCACUAUCGUAAAAGGAUCCGAAAGGAGUGUGACCAAGGAUUUCAAGAAAAAGGCAGAAGAAAUGAAAGCUGCAGAAGAAGCAGAGCGUAAAAGGAAAGAAUUAGAAAGAGCGGUAGAGGAAGAGAAGAAGAGGAAACAGACUGAAGCACAUAAAAAGCAACAGGACGUACAACAGCAGCGCCAAGUGGCAGAGUCUGCCCUGAAGAAAGCGCCUUGGUCGGCAGCGGCCAACCAGACACUGCAGGCCACCUCUAUGGCCGGACUCACUCUCGCCGAGAUCCAAAGGCUGGAGCGUGAGAAGAAGUUAGAACAAAUAAAGGAACAACAGCAAAUGAUGCAGAUCAUCGCUCAACAGCAGGCCGCUGCACUGGCCAGAGAACAGGAAAUGCAGGCUGGCCUUGGGUGGGCAAAGAAAAAAGGACCUACGUCAGGGCAGAGUUUGGCAGAAAUCCAGGUGGAAGCUCGAAAGCAAGCAGCGGCCGCGGCGGCGGCAGCUACUCAAGCCCUGGAAGAGGCACAAGCUACACCACUGCUGCCCGUCAACCACGUGCCUUGGGGAAAUAACCAAAACGGAGGUACAUUUUGUGGCUUCUGGGACCCGCAGCCGACACCAACCUCUAAACCACUUGAGGUACCGAAGGUCGUGGAACCUCCUAAAAUGAUGAUAAAGAAGCCGGUGAUCAACCUCCCGGUCCUCAACAUUCCUUCGAAAAAGGAAACCUCACCAGCUGCCGAGUUCGAGAUGUGGUGCACCACUGUCCUGACAUCUUGGAGCUCCAAGAUUGACGUCCCGACUUUUGUUGGUUUCCUGAAAGACAUAGAAUCGCCUUAUGAAGUCAAGGAUUAUGUCAAAUGUUAUUUGGGAGAAUCCAAAGAUUCUAGCGAUUUUGCGCGUCAGUUCCUCGAGAGGAGGUCUAAGCUGCUGCGCGUCGGGAUGGUUACCCCGUCUGACGACCUUUGCUCGCCAGCUAUAGCCGUUAAUCCUCGCACCACUUCGGGAUCGGACUAUCAAGAAGUCAAAGGCAAAGGCAAGAAAACAAAGAAGAAUAAGAUGCUGAAAGUCGACGCGCGUAAUAUCUUAGGUUUCUCCGUGACCGCAGCCGAAGACAGAAUUAACGUGGGUGACAUCGACACAGCGUGAGCGGUGACCGCCUCGCGUCGCAUCGUGUUCACUAACUCGCCUUGUGAUAAUCUGUAAUAAUUUCAGUCAAUAUGACUUAUGAAUAAGGAAUAAUGAAUGGGGCACAAAGCCUCUUAAAGAUUCAAACCAUGCUGGGUGAACAGCUGCUGAUGGUAUCCAUCGACAUUGUAAUUUAGUUUGACGCCGUAACCUACCGAUAUUGUCAAAUUCACAGCCAAAAAGAGAAGCGUCUCGUCGCGUAGCAUAUCGAAUCAGUAACAGUUUAGUGUUAUUUCACUUAGCAUUUUAGAAUGACGAUUUAUAACGUCGCUCUCUCCAAGUCAAACCAAACACUUGUUUUAGUUGGUGCAUGUGAUUUUUUAUUGCAAACAUGUUCUACACAUCAAAUAGUGGAAUGCACCUUUGCCUUGGGUCUUAUUGAAUUUAGGGCCAUUGAUAAAGCCUUCGUCUGCUAAAUUUGAAAACCUCUUAAGUCUAUUUUUGGACGACGUCCCUUUUUUAUUCUUCAAAUUAUCUGACCUUUAAAGUUUAAAAUAUAAUUUGUAGACCCUUUUUAGUUAUAAAAUAAAGGUAUAAUCAUGGUUGUCUUAUAAAAUUAUUUCUAGCAAUAAUAUUUUGUUGUGCCUACUCCAAACUUCACAUUAAUGGAGCAUACGAGGUGUGCGAAUUUAGCCGACACUGUGCGUGUACAAUAUCAAUUUGUAUGCGUCUGCGUUUUAAGCAACAGAGCCUGAUGUAAGAUUUAUAACCCGCCUAUUUCUUAUACUUCUCGCUGAAGUAGACUGAUUUUUCCAGACAAAGAUAAAAAAGGUUAUCAGAAGUGGAAUAUAAGGUUUUUACCUCUACCUGAAAAUUUGAAGGUAUUUUAAGAAGAUUUGCGUGGUCAUAAGUUCGCGACGAUCGCGGGCGAACAUUCAAACCAGCCCAUCGUCAGACCUAUCGAGUUCCUCGUUUGAGGUCCAAUUUUUGGUUCGUUUGAGAUCAGACAUUUUCACUGUUUCUUUAGAAUGUUCAAUUUAUGAGUCGAUGUUGAAAAUGCUAUUGAAACUCAAACGUAUUAGUACAAAAUAGAUUUGUAAUAUCAAAAACAAAUUUUAAAUUUAGCUCAUGACAAAUCUUAAAAUGUACCGUUUGCAUUUUUUUGUAUGAUUAAUGGGACCAACAAUACAGCCGAAUGUUCACCCGAGGGACAUGUUUUGUGACAUCUUGCAAUUACAACCGUGCAUAUUUAAAAAAAAUCGUAUUUUUGCGAAUAUGAUUUGAUUAUUGAUUAUUGUGUCUAAAACGCGUGUGCAAAAUUUCGUCGAUUACAAUUUGUUCGGUUUGACGUGGAAUGAGCGAUAUUAUAAUAAUCGGACUUUCCUACAUGUAUCCUUUUCUAGGUACAUUCUCAUGCUUUUUAUAGAAACUUCACCAUAUUUCCGUUAUAAAUUAGCACUAUUGCAUGCACUUCGAUUACAGACAGUAGCGUAGAUAUUGGCGGCCUUUGUUUGUUUCUACGUAAUAUUUAUAAUGCGCUUUGUUUGUAUAAAAUUGUUAUUUGGAAUGUUUAUUCAUACAUACAAAUUUCUAUGAACUGUUGACGUCCAAUUGUUCUGAAUGUUCAAAACAUCUGAACGUUAGUAAAAAUCAACUUUGUCACAAUGAGUUUAAGCGUUUUCAAUUGUUGUGCACCUCAAGUUUGUGAUUUUUACCAAUGUUCAGAUAUUUUGAACAUUUUGAAUACUUUUUAGCCGCUGGCUGUACGUUUUAAAUAAAAACCAUGUGUAAUUACAUGGUGUCAAAUUAGGGAACCUCAUGUACUAUUGAUUAAGUAACAGAGCAACGAAAUUAACUCCGGGGCACUAUUCAGCACACCCAGACCAGAAUCAAUUUAGAACUUUGUUUCCCGAAUUGGUCCUAUUAAUCGAAUCCGGGACCUCUCUCCGCCCGCAGUGCUUAUUGGGAUGCCCAGGUCGUUUUAAGUAGUUGAAAAUGACUGAGAUUAUGCUUCUUGUCGGCGAAGAUGGUAGUUAGGUGUUGCCAACUGAUACAUAAUUAUAUGAAAACGUCUAGACCUCGUAUGUGCCUUCGGUAUGUAUGAUAAACGAAGUAUUUCGUCUGUUUGAAAUGUAAUUCUAUCACUGUAAUUUUAAGGCGUCCUUCCGUAACUUGUGAAGUUUGUGAUCAUUUUAAGCUUUCCUUUUAUAAACUGGCAAAAUAACAUUUCCUCGGUGACGUGUUGCGAUAACGAUAGUGGCAAUGACACUCGUUGCGCGUUACUCGUAACGAGUUACGCGUAUAUAAUUAUAUUGAUAAUAUUCAGUUAAUAUGUGUAAAUAAAGUGAGCUUUAGUACUUUCCAAGGACUUAUCACUAAACGUAGGCCAACGUGUUUUGAAUCUUCCUUCAGGUUAUGUUGUGAACAUCACAAUGAUAGUAAUUGUGAGCCUGAAAUGUAAUGUGCAAUUUUUAAAUGUUGUUCAUAAUGUUUUACUUUAACUUAUUUAUUCAAUACUAACAUAGUGCAAUCAUUUACGUAAUAAUCAAUCGAUGAUGUGGUUGGGUGUCCCGAGCCUCUACAAUAAUCAUUAGGUUACCGUUAAAUAUAAUAAUCAUUGUGUAUUUGGUAGUUGUGAAACUGGUAUUUAAUCAUUUGCUGAGUAUUUUAGGAAAACAUACUGUAUAUCUGUGUAAGCAUAACUUCCACCCCGUCAGUGUUCCCCUCGCGUGUCCUUUUUGCCAUAAUUCUGUAAGUUGUACGUGAUAUUGUGUGUCUGAAGUGGAGUGCAAAUAAAUGCUGCUUCAGGGUUACUACUUGAACGUUGUAACAAGUAGACAUAUUAGAUUUUUGAGAAAGUUUUUUUUAUUAUUUUUGUAUUUUCUAAAAAGAAAAUAGUGACAUAAUUAAUUUUUGACUUUUAUACUUGCAAAGUCUUUAAAGCUGUUAGUUGGUUUGCAUUUACUGUUCCAACAGCUAAAACAAAUUUUUAUACCACAUGGUGACAAAUUGCCGGUUUUCCAAAGAUGAUGAAGUAUAGGACGCAAUAUUUUUUUUUAAUUUCUCGAUGAAAUCAAGCAAAUUGUAAAUUUUGUUAGAUUUUAGUAUAAUUCAUAGUGGUUUUGUAUUUUAGUAAAGUGGACGUGUUGACAUGCAAAGUGUCACUAUUUUUUAAAUUUGUUUUCGAUUAUAUAUUUCAGUAAUGGAAUAAUAUUAUUUAUGAUAAUUAUAGCACUGAAUUGCCACUGUAAUUUAUAUUUCACAGCCAAAUGGUUUAUUCAGCAGCAGGACUAAAGGUAUGGUCAUUUUACUAAACGACGUCUUUUUAUUAUUGUCUUAAAUGGCGUGUAUACAACAAAAUGUUUGUCAUUUGACAUACGGCGUGGCCCGUAAUUAGCUCCUACAAUCACCGUAAAUAUUUGUCGUGUCAAAAAGUUUAAUAUACCUAAAUAAAUAAAAAAAAAUCUGCUACAGCAACAACAUUUCAAUAACAGGGUAAACUUGUAGAGGUUUGCUUGGGAAUUACAAUGAUAAAUCUGCAUUGACAACAUUGACCUACCAAAGGUCAAUGAUUGACAAGAACAUGCUCCUUGACGUCAUAUUUCACUUUUGAUACAAUCCAUGCCAGAAAAUAUAGUAUAUUAUUAAAAGUGACGGAACAUUUAAAAGUCGGAACGUAAAUAAGGAGAUAAUGAAUAUGCCGACGCGUAAUUCAUGAAGAAAUAGCGCAGUGAAAUGCCCAAUUCGCUAGCUCAAUGUUUAUUCAAACCACUUGCCUGCGUCAUAUGGACAAGACGAUGGUCAAAUUUUGUUUUUUUUCUUAUCUAUUUUUUGACAACGGGAAUUACGCGAAAGAUGGCAUGUAAUUAAUAAUUAUUUGUUUCUUCUAUUUUGAUCUUUGAACGCCUACACGAGAAAGUCUCUCGCAGCGUUAGUCUCUUUCGGCCAUUGAAGCGUGACUACUAUGACUAUUUAUAACGAGGAAUAUAAUCAAUUUACUAUUGGGUAAACUUUUUUGAGCCUAUUACGUACGUGUGGUGUGCACCCUGGGCAACAAUCGGCGAGUGCGGCGCAGCGGUUGAUUUUGACCAUAAUUGCAAGCAUUCUAGCAUGCCAUCUAUAAGAUAAAAGAAGGCAAACUAACACAGUUAAAUUACAUAUUUAUUUGCACUAGAGAUUACGUUAUAUAUAUAUAUAUAUAUAAUACGAGUGCGCAUUUGACUUCCAUCUCGCCUGAUGGAAAGUGACGAUGAAGUGUACGAUGGCGCAUGCACACCUAGAUAAUGCCUAUUUACUCUCGCCUUGCAAAGGCCCACGUUGUACCUCAGGGAACAAGUCCGUAGGCAGGGAAUUCCACUCUAUAACUGUUGGCUAUAUAAACGCCAUAUUCAAAAUUUAAGUAUUCAUUGACGUAAAUUCUUGAAAAUAAUGAAAUUGGAUCGAUUGCCUUAACAGUUCAUUGUUUUUAUAGUCGGUUAUAAACAAACAAAACAAUUAGACCAAUCAAUAUAAUCAAUUGUAAAAACGUAAUCGUCUUGUAUUUUUUGCAAGAUCGCGUUGACGAGGCCUCGCUUUCCCUAUCCCGAAUUCUUCGAUUGCUUGAAUGAUGAAACUUAAAAUUAUAGCAGUCCAAUAUAAGUUUAGAUUCUAGAGACACUUGGCGUUAACAGCGCUUACAUGAAGGUGUUGUAAUGUUUUAUAAUUCAGUGCUUAACAAAAAUAAGACAAUAUAGAAUGCAAACGAGUAAUCUGUACUAAUAGUAAUUUACUUGUUAUUUUUAUUGUAAUACAUUUUCGAAGCAAGUGUCCUUUUUAACAACACUACCAGACAAAUACGUAACCGAAUAAGAACAGUAAUCUCCACAGGAAUACGCUACUCACCGCGACUCGCAACUUAAUGUCUUCUACUACGCUUGUAAUUGUAUUAACACAGUUUAUAAAAUCCUUUUUCCGUUUUAAAAGUAGCUGUGUUAAAAAAAAAAAAUUGUUGCGGGCUGCUGCGCUCACGUAACAAA